AUGGCACUACCUUCCCUGGUACUACCUCUCGUUUCGCUCGCCAUCGCUUUCAUCUUUGCGCUCCCCGUCGGCAUCGUCCAAGCCGUGACGAACCAACAACCAGGACUGAAUGUAAUCACAGAGUACGUGAUCGGAUAUCUAAUGCCUGGUCACCCGAUCGCCAAUGUGACCUUCAAGGCCUAUGGAUAUAUCACCAAUGUCCAAGCGCUCCAGUUUACACAGGAUCUGAAGUUGGGUCAUUACAUGAAGAUCCCGCCGAGGAUCAUGUUUUGGGUGCAAGUAGUUUCGAGUGUGAUCGCGGGGAUCAUUAACCUGGCGACGACGGAUUGGUUGUUAAAGGUUCAGCCGAAUAUCUGCACCAAGGCUGGAUACCCCUGGACCUGCCGUAACACCAACACAUUCUACUCGGCGUCGGUGAUCUGGGGAGUGAUCGGACCUGGAAGGAUGUUUGGCCUAGGGACCCAGUACUCGAUCAUUCAAUGGGGCUUUGUCAUCGGCGCAUUCCUUCCUCUCCCAGCCUGGUGGCUAUGUCAUCGAUACCCGCGAGUCAAAUGGCUCAAAAAGAUCCACUUCCCCGGCCUGCUCGCUGCCACAAGUAACAUGCCUCCAGCACAGGCGUACUUUUAUCCUAACGGCAUCUUUCUGGGAUUCAUCUUUAUGUGGUACAUUCGGCGAUACCAUAACGGGUGGUGGAAGCGGUAUAAUUAUGUCACCUCUGCCGCCAUGGACACCGGCGUGGCACUUAGCGGCCUCCUUUGCUACUUUAUGCUCCAGGUAAUAGAGAUCUAG